UACAGUUCCUAAAGCCCUAAAUCAGCGAAUCCCUAAAUCACUAAAUCCCUAAAGAAUCUCCCAAACUUGUUCAAGGCUCAGCCUCAUUCUCGUUUGCUCCUACAUCGUCGACAUCGAGAGAAAUAUGAAAUGGACAAGUCUUGGAUGCGUCGUACUGAUAGAUCGAGCGACGUUUACUUAAAAAGAGUUGAUAGUUUUCUUCAAUUUGCAUUUAAGCAAUCAGAACUAGAAGAUGAAAUUCCUUGUCCUUGUAAGAAAUGCAAUAAUGUUUUCCACAAGUCUAGAGAUGAAGUCAAGGAACAUCUAAUAAUUUUGGUGUUGUUCAAGGAUACACAUGUUGUUUUUACCAUGGAGAAUUUGCACCUAAAAAAUAAAAUGUCAAUCGAGAGGAGAAAGGAAAGGAACCAGUUGUUCCUUCUCAAAAGAAAAGAAAAGAGUGAGGUGAUGAUAUGUUUGAAAUGAUAUAUGAUGUUGUUGGUCCUGAAAUCACCAAUGAUUCUAGUGGGGUUAAGUAUAAACAUGGUGAUGCUUCAGAAUCAACUUCCACAUUUGCCAAAUUAUUGGAGGAUGUUGCACAACAACUUUAUCCUGGUUGCGAGACAUUCUCCAAGUUAUCACUAAUUGUGGAACUGUUCAAAAUUAAGUGUCUUUAUGGGUUGAGUGGAAAAGUUGUUGAUCACAUACUAAAGUUAUUUAAACGAGUACUUCCUUCAGGUGAAACUUUACCAGAGUCAUUUUAUGGAGAAAAAAAAGUGAUUCAAAAGUUAGGUCUUCAUUAUGAAAGGAUACAUGCUUGCGAGAAUGAUUGUAUGUUAUUUUGGAAACAUAAUGCAAAAGCUGAAUCCUGCUUGAUUUGUGGGUAGUCUAGGUAGAGAUCAGUUGAAGGUCAAAAUACUAAUGGGAAUACUCAAGGAAAAACUGGUAAAAAAGUUCCUCGAAAAGUGUUAUGUUACUUUCCCUUGAAACCAAGAUUGCAAAGGUUAUUUAUAUAACCAUAAAUAGCUUCAGAUAUGACAUGGAAUCAUGAUCGACAUUCAAAAGAUGGGGUUCUUAGACAUCUUGCAGACUUAGAAGCAUGGAAACAUUUUGAUACAUUGAAUCCGGGCUUUGCUAGAGAUCCUCGUAAUGUUAGACUUGGUUUAGCAUCUGAUGGGAUAAAUCCUUUUGGUAAUUUAAGUGUUUCUCACAGCACUUGGCCAGUGAUCACUACUGUCUACAACUUACCCCCUUGGGUGUGCAUGAAGAAACCAUAUUGUUUCUUAUCUUUGUUGAUACCUGGUCGUAAAGCUCCUAGAAAUGAUAUUGAUGUAUACUUAGAACCAUUGAUAGAUGAGUUAAGAGAACUAUGGUUUAUGGAGUAGAUACAUAUGAUGCUUCUAGAAAAGAGAAUUUUUGUAGGCGGGCAGCACUCUUAUGGACUAUAAAUGAUUUUCUAGCUUAUGCCAAUUUAUCUGGAUGGAGCACAGAAGGAGCUUUGGCUUGUCCGUUAUGCAACAAAAACACUCCAUCUACUCGAUUAAGGUAUGGUCGUAAGUUUUCUUAUAUGGGUGUUCGUAAAUUUUUAUCAUCUAAUCAUAAGUGGCGAAGUAAUAAACGUGAUUUUGAUAAAAAAGUAGAAAGAAGAUCUGCCCUAGAAGUUCUUUCUGGAAAGGAUGUUUUAGACCAAUUGCUUACUCUAGAGGACAUGAAAUUUGGUAAGAUUAAAAAAAAAAAGAAGUACAAAAGAAGUAAAGGCAUUCAUAACUGGAGGAAGAAAAACAUCUUUUUCAAGAUUCCUUAUUGGAAAAAUAAUUUAAUACGUCAUAAUUUAGAUGCGAUGCAUAUUGACAAAAAUGUGUGCGAUAAUAUCAUUAGGACAUUUGUAGAUAUUGAAGGAAAAACAAAAGAUAAUUUGAAUGCUCGCCACGAUUUGAAGAAAAUGGGUAUAAGAAGUGAGUUUCAUCCAACUCAAAGGGAUGGAAGAUGGUGUUAUCCGGCAGCAUGUUAUUCUUUAUUUGCAGAUGAGAAGUCUAAAGUAUGCAAUUUCUUGAAAAUGAUUAAGGUUCCAAAUGAUUAUUCUUCUAAUAUAUCACGGUGGGUGAAGUCAGAAGAUCGAAAAAAUUAUGGACUGAAGAGUCAUGAUUCUCAUAUUCUGUUGGAACAAAUGCUUCCUUUUGCAAUUCGCGGAGUCUUGCCAAAUAAUGUAUAUGAUGCUAUUUUUGAGUUAAGUAUUUUCUUUAGAAAAUUGUGUUCGAAAACAUUAAGGGUUGAUGUGUUUAACCAACUUGCAAUUCAGAUUUCGAUAACAUUGAGCAAAUUAGAAAAAAUAUUUCUAUCGACAACUUAGUCAUUCAUCUUCCAAGAGAGGUUAAGCUUGGUGGACAUGUACAAUAUAGGUGGAUGUACCCAAUUGAGUGAUUUCUUUGCACAUUGAAAUGUUAUGUUCGUAAUAGAAAUCAACCUGAAGGAUCUGUUGCUGAAGGGUAUAUUGUUGAAGAAAGUAUAAUAUUUUGUUCAAUGUACUUACCUGGAAAUGUGAAAGGAUAUGAACGAAGGAUAACAAUUAUGAAGAUGAUCAUACUACGACAUAUAGUGGACUAUCCGCAUUUGAAAGAAACGGUUCUCCUUUAUCAAGAGAUGCAUCUAGAAAUCUUAAAGAUUUAGAGAGAAAACAAGCUCAUCUUUAUGUCUUGAGAAAUUGCGAAGAAGUUCAAUCAUUUUUACGAUGUGUACAAAUGAGCAAAGAAAAAAAUGAACUUGCAACCUGUGAAUUGUAUUCUUUGGCUAAAGGUCCUUUGGAUGGUGUUCAAAGUUUCAAAGGGUAUGCAAUAAAUGGGUUUAAGAUUUCAUACUAAACUACUUGAGUAAACGAGAAGACCCAAAAUAAUGGUGUUUUAGUAAAAGGAGAAGCGAAUGGUAAGAAUAUUAACUACUAUGGUGUUUUGACUGAAAUAAUAGAACUUCAAUAUUUUGAAGGUAAAUGGGUUGUUUUGUUUGAAUGUGAUUGGUGGGAUGUUUAUCACAUCGGAAUAGGAGUGAAAAUAGAUAAACAUGACUUUGUUUGUGUUAACAUUACGCAAAAAUUAGUAACAGAUGAACCAUUUGUGUUUGCAUCUCAAGCAGAACAUGUUUUUUUAAUGUCAAGGACCAUCUUCAUCCAAGUUGGUCAAUUGUAUUGAAUGAUCAUUCUACCUAUUUUAUUGGAGGGUAAUGAGUUGGUUUAUAAAUGAUAUAAAUAAAUUAAAUUAUAACCAAUAGUUGAGCAUCAAGUAUUGUAAAAAAUAUUUAAAUAGUUUAAAUUUAAAAUCAUUAAAUAAGUGGUCAAUUUUGAACUCAAAGGUGGAUGACAAGGGUAUUUUGGAGCCAAUAGGUGGAUGAAGGGUAAUUUUGUACCAUUUUCAAUACUUUAAGGAUAUUUUAGGCCCUUUUCCAUUUAAUUUGUACUACUAGGUUUUUUUUUGUACUACUAGGUUUAAUUAAUUCUUUAGGUAUCAUUUGAGUAAUUUUAAUCAUUUAAGAAGUUUACUCGGAUAAUAUGAAGGUAAGAAAAUCGUUUCGAAUAGAUCUUUGACUCAAGUUGAGGAUGACAAAAUCACUUUUUUUUAAAAAAGUGAAAGGCCAUGUAAAAUAAAAUAGAGAAAAUUGCACUAGCAAUAAUCAAUUAUAUAAUAAUCAAAUCAAAUUAGACAAUAACAAUAAUAAAAUCAAAUUAGACUAUAACAAUGAUAAAAUCAGAUGACACGAAAUAAAUAUAUAUACCUCUAUAUCAUAUCCCACCCCCCUCCAUUUAAAGAUUGUCUUUCUUGUAGCUUAGCUACUAAUACUACUAUUAACUUAGUAUGGCUAGGACCAACACUAAUAUCACCGGUUGCAUCAAUUCCGUCAUACAAAUAUAGAGGUUGUGUUGUGUUAUAUAUUUGCUUUAAUUCUAGUAAAAUACAAGUCAUACAACUAUUUAAAAUGUUACUUACUAAAACAAUAUAAAAUAUGAGAUAAAGGGUGAUUGUCCUUAAUUGUCGAAACAUUAUCAUUGAGAUGAUGAUCUUUACGUGUACUAUUCAUAGUAUACUAAAUCAUAAAAUUUGUCAAUUUUAUUUCUUAAUUUCUGAUAUUUUACAUAAUAUUUUUGAGAAAUAAUUGGUAUAGUGAUUUAGCUAUUGUUGUUCCAACUUUAAAUAGAUCUAUGACCAUUUAAUUAUGAUAUUAUGAUCGAAAGAUGAAUUUUUAGUAGUAGUGAUUUUUGUGCUACUAGGAUGAAAGUUUUUUAAUUUUUAUGUUGAAAAAUUUAACUAUGUUACUUUAGUAAAAAGACAUCAUAUAUUGUACUAUAGUACUGCUCCUUCCACAGAAAGUCAAAUGUCAUUUUAAUUUUUUUGGUUUUGGUAGCAUUUGGACAAUUUCUUAGAGAACUUGUGAGUUUUAUAAAUUUAUACAUUUAGUUUAUAUUAUGUCUCGAAUUAUUUCGAAAUGAAUUUUGGGAGAAUUUGAAAAUCCUUUACAAUUGUGCUAUACUAGCUUUAAAAUCAACAAUAGAGGAGUUGAAUAAAAUGAGCCCAAGAUAUUAAAUGAAAUAGCUCUAAAAAACACAUAGUUUAUUGCUCGAACUUAGAUACGUAAAGAAGGAGUUGAACACAUUGAAAAAGAGUUAUUUUUGUGUAGAUGUGUACAAAUGAGCAAAGGAAAAAAUGAACUUGCAACCUGUGAAUUGUAUUCUUUGGCUAAAGGUCCUUUGGAUGGUGUUCAAAGUUUCAAAGGGUAUGAAAUAAAUGGGUUUAGAUUUCAUACUAAACUACUUGAGUAAACGAGAAGACCCAAAAUAAUGGUGUUUUAGUAAAAGGAGAAGCGAAUGGUAAGAAUAUUAAUUACUAUGGUGUUUUGACUGAAAUAAUAGAACUUCAAUAUUUUGAAGGGAAAUGGAUUGUUUUGUUUGAAUGUGAUUGGUGGGAUGUUUAUCACAUCGGAAUAGGAGUGAAAAUAGAUAAACAUGACUUUGUUAGUGUUAACACUAAGCAAAACUUAGUAACAGAUGAACCAUUUGUGUUUGCAUCUCAAACAGAACAUGUUUUUUUAUGUCAAGGACCAUCUUCAUCCCAGUUGGUCAAUUGUAUAGAAUGGUCAUUCUACCUAUCUUAUUGGAGGUGUUAUUGAUGAAGAUACUUUUCGACAAGAUGCUUGUAAUGAGUUAUUACAUAUAUGUGAGGAUGAUGAAGACAUUAUGAAUUGGAAAAGAUAUGAUCUUGAUGUUAUUCGUACUGAUGUUACCUUGGUUGAUGAUAUUAUUGAAGUUAGAGAAUCAUAACCAGAAACUGAUGAUAAAGAUGUUUUAUUAUAGAUAUUUCUCUUAUUUUCAUAUUCAUUAUAUUCAAUUGAGGUUAAUAAUUUUGUGUACUUA